AUGUCAUCAGCGCAGAGCACGAAACGCAUAAUUCUCGAUGCUGCGCUCUUCUUUGCAUCGCAGGCGGCGGUGUACUACACGAUUCGGUGGAUAUGGGACGCAUAUGUGCAUCCGGCGGAUAAGGAGGGCGAUGUGAAGCGCGCGGAAGUACUCAAGCGGUUGGGUGCGAAGGGGCUGAAGCUCGAUGAAUACGAGAAGGCGAUAUCGAAGGAGGUGAUACAUCCCGACAACAUCAGCGUGCGGUUUGCAGACAUCGGCGGUCUCGACCCCAUCGUCAACUCCCUCCGCGAAUCCAUCAUCUACCCGCUCCUGUACCCCAACCUCUUCUCAUCCACCUCGUCCCUCCUCGGCGCGCCCAAAGGCGUGCUCCUGUACGGCCCGCCCGGGUGCGGCAAAACGAUGCUCGCGCGCGCACUCGCCAAGGAGAGCGGCGCGGCGUUCAUCAACGUGCCCGCGUCCGCGCUCGCGAACAAGUGGUUCGGGGAGAGCAACAAGCUCGUGGCGGGGCUGUUUAGUUUGGCGCGCAAGAUGCAGCCGUGUAUUAUUUUUAUUGAUGAGAUUGAUAGUUUUUUGAGGGAGAGGAGUCGGGAGGACCAUGAGGUGACGGGGAUGAUGAAGGCGGAGUUUAUGACGUCGUGGGAUGGCCUUCUCUCAGGCCCAGAUCGCAUUCUCGUCCUGGGCGCGACGAACCGCCCGACAGACAUCGACCCCGCUAUUCUUAGGCGAAUGCCUAAGCGCUUCGCUGUCGGCCUGCCCGACACCGAUCAGCGAUUCAAGAUCCUCUCUCUCAUGCUCAAAGACACGAAAGUCGACCCCGACUUCCCGCUCCGCCUGCUCGCGCAGCAGACCGUCGGCCACUCGGGCUCAGACCUCCGCGAGCUCUGCCGGAGCGCGGCGAUGGUGCCUGUGAGAGAGUGCAUGCGCCGGCUGGGGGACGAUGUCGAGGAGAUGGCGAAGGCGCAGUCCGAGGGCUUCGACAUCCGCCCGCUCUCGCUGGACGACUUCUACAACGCCGAGGGGUCCACGCUCGCUCCUCCGGACCCGGACGACGACGUGAUCCCCGUCCGGCAUAUCAGCGAGGUGCUCGCUGCUGAGCGGCGGCCUGUGCUGGAGCCUGUUGAUCCGGAGUAGAGGGAUUCUCGCUCUGGCGCCUUUUUUGCAGGACUGCUGCUUGUCCUUUUUUUUGCUUUUGACUUACUUAGAUUUCUGGGUGAUGGUGCUAGUAUCCGUAUAUUUGAUAUAAUGAUGGUUCAAGGACCAUGAUGACGCAGAGUCUGCCGUGGUGUUUG